AUGUACACUACUGUAAAGGGUGUCAACAAUAGACAAGCUUACUAUAGUAAAAUAGAAUACCAGGAGCGUGUACGUGUAGAAGGACGUUUUGCAAAUGCUAAUGACGCUGGAAUUUUAGUACACCAAAAGGAAUUAACUGUGGACGAAAUCCUUCUACAUGUAGAGACUCGAGGUCCUGCUAUCGUUCUCAUUGACGCAGCGCUACUCACUUGCGAUCUGUGCAAGCAUAACAAAUUACGAGCAGAAUUCAGACGCGCUUUUGGUGGUGCAUACCGUGGUCACUACGUGGUAGUAGUGGGCCGUGGUGGUGAUAAAAUAUUAUAUCGCAAUCCAGCACUGGACCCGCGUCUUUGUGCUACUUCACCUGCUCGCCUGCAUGCCGCUCAUCGGGCUCCUGGCACCGAUUUUGAUGUUAUACUUAUUUUUAGAAACUAUAGAUAG